AUGGAUGCAGCAUUAGAGCUAUACGAUGCCUCCAAGGCACUCGACCUCUCCAACAUUCGCUUCCAACUAAUACGGUUAGAAGACACAAUCACCUUCCACCUCAUCGAGCGCGUACAAUUCCCAUUGAAUAAGACCAUCUACAUCGCCGGCGGUGUUCCCAUCCCCGAAAGCGACCUAAGCCUGUUCGACUGGGUGCUGCGCGAGCAAGAGCGCCUACAGUCCAUCAUCCGCCGCUACGAAUCCCCAGACGAAUACCCCUUCUUCCCAGAGGUCCUGCAGAAGCCGAUCCUCAAGCCCCUCCGAUACCCAAAGAUCCUGCACGAAAACGACGUCAAUGUGAACGAGAAGCUCAAGCAGUCCUACAUCGAGCACAUCCUGCCCGCUGCGUGUGCGAAAUCGGACCGAGAGGACAGGGGAGAGCAGCAGGAGAAUUAUGGGUCGUCCGCAACUUGCGAUAUCACUUUUCUACAGGCGCUUUCCAGGCGGAUACAUUUUGGAAAGUUCGUGGCCGAGUCUAAAUUCCAGAGCGAGACGGAGCGCUUCGUGAAGUUGAUCAAGGCCGAGGAUCGGAAGGGAAUUGACGAGGCUAUCACGAAUGCGGCAGUCGAGAAGAAGGUGUUGGAGAGAUUGAGACUCAAGGCGAACACCUACGGCACUGACCCAGACUCUGGCGGUGCUGGUACGUCGAAGGUCGACGCUGAGGCUGUGGUCGCAAUGUACAAGGAUUGGGUCAUUCCUUUGACUAAGGAAGUGGAAGUCGAAUACCUAAUGCAGCGGCUGAAAGGUACCGAAUGGGAAUGA